AUGAAGUUCGGAAGUAACCUCAACCAUCUAUCCAUAGGGGAGUGGAAAUGGUAUAAUUUAGAUUACAACGAUUUAAAAUAUAAGAUUCGAAUCAUAACCCAGGAGGACAACUAUUCAAUACUGGAAUUAUGUCAAGAUUUCGUUAAUAACUUUAACAGAAUAAACUUAUUUAUUGAAACCAAGAAUGAUGAGUUGAUCCGAAAGGUGACAUUUUUCGAAGCAAACUUUAACCGCCUUUUGAAUGAAACAAAUGUUAAUGUUAUAGUCAAACAGAUUAAUUUUGACGAAAUUUUCUAUCAAAUGAUUGAGAUAUCGGUUAUUUUGAAGAAGCUCUUGAAGUUCAUUACAAUACAAAAGAUAGCAUGCCGCAAGAUUUUUAAGAAGUUCUUGAAAUACCAUAAGGACAAAAAUGAGGCUGGUCAGUUUGUAGCGAGCUUAAAAAGCAGACUUAACACAAAUGAGAGAUCAUUUAUCAACUUCAGUUUAACUGAUUUAACAAGUAGAUUGACGCUAUUAUUUAAUUCUAUCAAGGUUGAGAGAGGCAAAUUGUGCCAACUCGUCAACGGAAAAUCCCAAAUACCGAGGUGUAAGACGACGCCGCUCAUAAAUUUUUCCCAUAAUUCUGAUGAUUUAGAGUUUGACUACAAUAUACUCCUAAAGAAGAACUUUCUGAUGAGUUGCUUAAUUUCAACUGAUGUAAAUAACAUAAACGAGUUGUUUUUGAAUUUAAACAUUUAUCUUGGAUUCAACAAUUGCAAUGUUGACAAAGAGCUGACCCAGAUUUCGUACACAUAUUUAUUCAACGAUCUCAUGAACGAUGAACCUUGCAUUAUUAUUACACAUCAAGAGAAAAAGUAUUCUCUCAUUAUAGCAUAUGUCGGUGGUUUAAGAAAAUAUUCUUACUGUCGUAUCAAAACCAGUAUUGUUGAUUCCUUGCUCAAGUAUUUGGUUGAUCCGUCAAAGAGAGAUGUGUUAGAUAUGUUAUCAACAUUGUAUGAUGAUAAUUUAACUAAGGCAACUUUAGAUGGGAUUCUUAACAAUAAAUUGUCUCCUAAGUUAAGACUAAUUUGUAAUAGAUCACGAUUUUCUUUGCUGAAUGAGAAUGAUCUUCACCAAGAUUCUGACGCAUUUCAGGACCCUGAAAAUGAUUACUUGAUUACAGUUGACGAAAAUAUUUUUACAACAAGCGAUAUUAAUAUCGUUUCUAGCACAAGUUUCGAUUUUGAUCGCUCUCGAUUUGAAAAGUUUCCAAUCAACAAGUUGUCUCUUUACACAAAUGACUUGAAUUUAUUAAAUUUAGAAGACAAUUUAACCACGGAAAUUAACAAUCAUAAGAUAAGUAAUAAGUUUCAAAUAUCGUAUCUUAAAAAGCUACCAACGAGAAUUCAAAAAUUAAUCCAAAUUCAUUCCCUCAACUUGUUUAAAAAUUUGGACUUAUACCAAUACAUGUUGUCAUGUUAUAUGAACAUAAUACCAAAUGACAAGUAUAUUGAUAAUCAUUAUUCAGUCUUGUUAAAUCUUGAUUUGCUAAAGUCUUUUGAAAAUAUUGAAAACUAUCGUAAUACAAUAGAUAUUGAAACAAACCUCAUUAAUUCUAAAUCAGACCAAAUCUUACGACACCAAUCAUCUUUGAAGUCACUUCCUGAUUAUUAUUCCACACGAACGCAACCAUCGGAAAGGACUCCGUUGUCUAAAUCAUAUCAUAUGAGUAGUCUAAGAUCAAAUAAUUCGUCCCAGACUGGCUUAUACACUCUUCAUAAUCUGUAUUCUCGUGAAAACUUGAAUAACUCAUUAACUUCACAUACGUCAAUUUUGAAUAGUGAUCCUUCUGACGAAUUUGACGUAGAUAGUGAAUUAGAAUACUACAACAAUAACAAUGUAGUGAGCAUGAACUAUGAAUCGGGUGAUUCGGUUAUCAAUAAAGUUAUUUUAGCCAUAAUACAACUCAAGAGAAAGACUUAUGGCGUUUCGCGUGAUAUUGAAAGCUAUGGUAGCACCAAUGAAUACUACGAUACUAACCAAAAGGACCCUUCAAUUUUCAUUCGAUCAAAGUUCAAUGAGUAUCAGUAUCAGUUUGAACGUGACUUCGACAAAAUAUUGUCAUUCUUCUACUUCUCCCUUAUUUUUAUAUCCUUGUUUAUAUCAGGGAUUGAAAUAGGCAUUAUUUACAGCAUUAUUCUGACCCAGCUGAACUUUGACACAUUUCCAAUUCUUCAGAAUCUAUGGCUAAUCCUCGUUAUAAUUAUUGGUUUAAUGGUGUCCUCCAUCUUAAGCUUAAUUAGCUUGUUACUCAUCUUCAGGAGAUUCAAUUCUUGCCCCAAAUCACAUUAUCUAGUAAUUACUUUCGGGAAUUUCCUUAUCAUUACAUCAUUUUUUUGGUGUAUGUUUAUUCUAUUCUUUUAG